AUGAUGAAUUCAGAGCUAUUAGAUAAAAACUUUGGAGUAUGUUUCCCUGAAGAAUUAGAUGGUGUGUUGAAUACUCAGUCUGGCACUGCAAACUGUUGUAAAUUCAACCGAUGGGGUUCUCUUAUCGCCGUGGGAAGUAUUGAUGGUCGCGUAUAUAUUUUUGAUGUGAUAACGAAGGGUGUAGUUAAAAGUUGGGUAUGUCAUGGUUACUCGAUAACGUCAUUAAGUUGGUCUCGUGAUGGACGUAAGUUGUUAACAGCUAGCAAUGAUUGGUCUGUCGCAGUCUGGGAUGUUAUGGAAGGAAUGCGGAUUGAGAGACAGAUUUACGGAUCACCUGUUUUAUGCGCAAUGUUCAAUCCACGAAAUGAUAAGCACGUUUUAGUUGUAUAUUUGGGUGCUUAUCCAGUUCUUCUUGAUUUGGAAGCAAAGCGACAAACUGAAAUAAAGUAUUCGGAGGAAAUUGAUGAUCAACCAGGCGAAGUCACCGUUGGAACAUUUGAUCGUCGUGGAAAGUAUAUAGUUACUGGUAGUAGUAAAGGUCGUAUUGCCUUUUAUGAUGCGAAAACAUUGGAACUUAUCACUUACGUCAAACAGAAUGCUGCACAUCAGAUAAAAAAUAUUUUAAUUACUCGUCGUGGUGAUUUCCUGAUAACGAAUUCUCAAGAUCGAAUUAUACGAACAUAUAAACUAGAUACAUUGCUGCAACGGCAGUGUGGGAGUGUUAUCGAGCCAUUGCAGAAGCUUUUAGAUAUAAUUAACAGGGUUUUUAUUCGUCUACCUUCUUUUCUCUUUUGGUUGGAAACUACACUUGUAAACACUUUAUUUAAUCACACAAUCCUUAAGCUAGGAUGUUUGAAAUCUGUAAAAUUCAAUUUAUAUAUAUAUCAUGUUCAGCAGGUCAGAGGUUAAUC